UGAACGUCCUUCAAAGAACGUUUGAUACGAAAACCAUAUCUCAAAAACAUUCAAGGCAGGAUCACUGCGAGUACUCAAACAUGUCCAAAGACAGCGUCUACGUGUCCGACCACAGCGCCUCCGUCCUCGCCACUCACUCCUGGCGCACUGCCAGAAACUCCAUCCCAUAUCUUAUUCCACAUCUCAAAUCCAAUUUCAAGAUCCUCGAUAUUGGCUGCGGCCCGGGAACCAUCACUACAGACCUAGCGAAGCUCGUCCCAGAAGGCCAUGUAACCGGUGUCGAGUACAAACCAGAGCCACUGGAAAAUGCUCGUGCCCUUGCAGCAGAACAAGGAGUGACCAAUAUCGAUUUUCAGGUUGCUGAUAUCCAUAACCUACCAUUUGAGAACGGCAGCUUUGACGUCGUCCAUGUUCAUCAGGUCUUGCAGCAUAUCCGAGAUCCGGUGGAAGGACUGAGGGAGAUGAAACGGGUGGCGAAAAAGGGUGGAAUCGUGGCUUGUAGAGAAAGUGCAGACAUGACUUGGUAUCCGCAGUCUGAAGGACUGACGAAGUGGAAACAACUUUACAUGAGGGUUGCAAAAGCAAGAGGUUCGAAUCCACAUCCUGGAAGUCGAAUCCAUGUCUGGGCGAAAGAAGCGGGGUUCAAGGCUGAGGACGUUAAAUGUUCGGUUGGGACUUGGUUAUAUGCUUCAAAGGAUGAGAUUGAGUACUGGAGUGGAAUCUGGCCAAAGAGAACACUGGAAUCUUCUUUCAGAGACUUUGCAAUUGAAGGAGGCCAUUGCAAGCAGGAAGAUUUGCGGGAUAUUGCGGAUGCUUGGAGACAAUGGGGUCAGGAUGAAGAUGCAUGGUUCACUGUGUUGCAUGGUGAAACUAUCUGCAAGGUCUGAUUAUAGAUGACCCAAAAUCGGUCUAUAAAUUGAAUUGCAAAAAAUACAUCGUACUUCAUUCACG